AUGGAUGAUUGUAAUUCACAUCCAUGGAAAGGGGAAUAUAUGCAUGUUCGUUGUUGUGCACAUAUUUUGAACCUUGUGGUCCAAGAUGGAUUAAAAGACUAUCAUUCUUCAAUUAGUAAGAUUAGGAAUGCUGUUAGAUAUGUUCGUGCCUCUCCGGGUCGUUUGGAUAGGUUUAAAACUUGUGUUAAGGAAGCUAGGUUACAAGAAAAUUCGAUUGUUCAGUUGGAUGUUUCCACUAGAUGGAACUCCACAUAUAUUAUGCUUGAAAGUGCGUUGAAGUUUCAGAAGGCGUUUAAGAGAUUGAGUGAGAAGUGUGCUGAUUUUGUGUUGAUUCAAGGUGGUAUUCCAAAUAAUAAGGAUUGGGAUAAUGCAAAAUGUUUUGUUAAUUUUUUGAAAAUAUUUUUUGAUAUCACAAAGAAGGUUUCAGGUCCUACUUUUGUAACCUCUUCUCAAUAUUUCAAUGAACACAUUAUGAUCUUGACUACAUUCAAGGGGUGGAUAGGAUUAACAAGUUCAGACAACUUGCUUGGAAAGAUGGUUGAAAAUAUGAAAGCUAAAUAUGAGAACUAUUGGGGUGAUGUUAGAAAAAUGAACAUUCUGCUCUUUGUUGCUGUUGUGCUUGACCCUCGACAUAAGAUGCAGUUUGUUAGGUGGGGCUUGAACAAGGUAUAUGAGAAGAAUGUUGCUGAAUCUUUGUAUAAGAAAACAGAGGAGACAUUAUACAAAAUAUUUGAUAGUUAUAGGAUUUUUGUUGGUCAAGGUCAAUCUGAAGUUCCUACACAUUCCUCUCAUGAAGUAGAAUUGGUAGAACUUAAAGCACCAGAGGAUGCAUUUGCUUUGGAAGUUGAGAUGGACAUGAAUCUAAAUGAGAGCAUGCAGAAAAAUGAGGUGGAUUUGUAUCUCAUGGAGAAAUUAGAGAAGAAAAGUCCUGGUUUUGAUAUCUUGAAUUGGUGGAAGGUGAAUUCCAACAAGUAUCCUAUUCUUGGUCAAAUGGCUAGAGAUGUAUUGGCAAUGCCUGUGGUUUACUUUUGUAGAACUUGUUCCAAUUCCACAAUUGAAUGA